ACCGGAAUUGGGUUAACUCAAUCAAGAAUAGGCAUAUUUUUCGAUUACAUUCUCAAUUUCUCUAUAAAGAAAAAUACAAAACUCUCUCUUUUUAUGGAUUUUGAAUUCCUGCACUCAUUUCAUGCAUUGAUGGCUAAACAAUACAAUUCCCCUUCCAAGAAUUCACUUCCUAAAUAUAUUAAUAAUGAAACUAAAAGUGAUUGGAUUAAAAGAAUGGUUAUCGAAAAAUAUAUAAAAUUUAUUAAUUACACGGAAUUUGAAGAUUUGAUUUUUCUUAAAACUGGUGGCUCGGGAAUCGUUCAUCAAGCGAAGUGGAAAAAUAAAGAAUAUGUUGCAAUAAAACAAAUUGCAAUUGCACAUGAUAAGACAACGAUUGAAAUGUCUGAUCAUGAAGAAUUAAUAAAAGAGUUAAAAGCCUAUCAUUUCAUUGACGAAGAGGGCCACAAAAACAUUAUUAAAUUCUUUGGUAUAUCAAGGGUUUGGGUUGGUGACGAAGAGUUUUCCCUUGUAUUGGAAUAUGCUGAUCUUGGUGAUUUACGAAGCUAUUUAUCUAGAAAUAUUUUAACGUGGGAACAAAAGGUUGAUAUUGCGCGACAUAUCGCAUGUGGUCUACAGUUUCUUCACAAUAAUGAAAUUUUACAUCGUGAUUUACACCCGGGGAAUGUGGUCAUUAAAAAUGACAAUACUCUUAAAUUUGGCAUUAGGGCAAUUAUUAUCGAUUUUGGUCUUUCCAAAAUUGUUUCUCGUAAUAGUAUAUCAGGCCAAGGCAUAAAAGGAAUUAUAAAAUUUAUGGAUCCUAUCAUAAUUAAUGAAUUUGAUGGGGAGUUUGGAGACAUGUAUACUUACUCAUCAGAUAUAUAUAGCCUGGGAUUUAUAAUGUGGGAUAUUUCAGGCAAUGGCCAAAUGUUAAAAAAUGAAAAUGGGCAGGUAGAAAUAAUAAAAAAAUUACGAGGAAUACAAGAAAAACCAGUACCUGGAUCCACCCUUUCUUACAUUGAGCUUUACGAGAAAUGUUGGGAUAAAAGUCCUGAGAAUCGACCUAAUAUUAACCAGGUUUGUGAAUUAAUUGAUAAAGAAGAUAUCAUAAAUGGCAAAGAGUGGAAAGAAACAAAUGAA